CGGUUCCCAAGCUCCCCCGCACACCAGAAAAAAAAAUUCCCCAAUUGUUUGUCUCUGUCAGUGAAGAGGUCGCGGCGGCGGCGGCGAUGUCGGGGCGCGGCAAGGGCGGCAAGGGGCUGGGCAAGGGCGGCGCGAAGCGCCACCGGAAGGUGCUCCGCGACAACAUCCAGGGCAUCACCAAGCCGGCGAUCCGGAGGCUGGCGCGGAGGGGCGGCGUGAAGCGCAUCUCGGGGCUCAUCUACGAGGAGACCCGCGGCGUGCUCAAGAUCUUCCUGGAGAACGUCAUCCGCGACGCCGUCACCUACACCGAGCACGCCCGCCGCAAGACCGUCACCGCCAUGGACGUCGUCUACGCGCUCAAGCGCCAGGGCCGCACCCUCUACGGCUUCGGGGGCUAGGAUGGGCUGGGCGCCCUCUCCUCCUUUGAGUCUGUUUACCGGUCCGAAACGACUGAAAUGUUAGCUGAUUUAUCGCGAGAGAAAAUACUAUUGGUUGACAUAAAAAAUACGGCUGAAAAGAAAAGCAAACGGGCUCAAGUUGAAGUGAACUGUGUUAUGUUCCAUCUCGAUUUCUAUAUUUAUAAUCUGUUUAAAUUUGUGUUGAUGUUUAUUA